AUGAAUUUGUCAUCAAACACCUUAAUAUUAUCAAUCCAACUAUGCUUUUUAUUAUGUUUCAUUGGUGUUGUGAUGGUGAACGGUUUAGAGUGGAAUGGUCAAAUUAAAAUUGAAAAUAGUGUUACCAUUCCGGUUGGUGAAAAUUUGGUGAUUAAGGAAGGUGCUGUGGUGAGCUUUGCUCCAACUACCUCAGCAAGUGGACAAAUUUUGAUAAGAGUGGAAGGUAGAUUGAAUAUUGAAUCGGGAGUUGAACUAAAAAGUGAUGAUAUUUUGAAUAAUCAGAAUGGUACAAAUGACCAGUGGGGUUUCUUAUUCCCUAUUGGAACCCAACAAGGUUCUUUAACAUUAACAAAUUCAAAGAUUAGGAAGAGCUCUCCACUCUCCUCUGGAGUGGCAACUUUUUCAUUUGAAGGAGGAGAUAAUUCAACAGGAAUUGUUUUGGAUAAUUGUGAAGUGGAUGGUGGUUUUAUUGGCAUUCAUGUUUCGAGUAAUAUUGUCAUUUCAAUCAAAUCAAGCUCUUUCUCUAACAUGAUAUCAGCAGUUCAAACUGACAAGACAUCCUUCCCUAAAAUGACAUUUUUUGAUUCCAAAUUCACUGGAAUGGGUAUUGCCAUUGAUGAUAGAGGUAUUUCAUCAAACGGUGAUUUGGUUUAUAGAACCAUCUCACUGACAGAUUGUAAAUUUAAGAGUGUCAGUCGUGCCAUUAGUGCAAGCUGUAAGGUGGUUGUGUCUAGCAAUGUAUUUCAAGCAUUUAGAGGAGCUAUCACUGCACCAUUUGUUCAUUGUACCAAUUCCAUAUUUGAUAAUAGACAAUAUAUAGUAUCUGCACUCGGUCUAUAUAUUUCAAAUAUUCCUCAAGGUUAUAAGGGAGAAGUUUUCAUUAAGGAUUCAACAUUCUCUGAAAUUACAGGCUCAGUCUUUGGAUCUCAAGGAGAUGUUGUCGAUUUCACAUUUGUGAAUAACAUUGUGAGAAAUUGUGCCACCUCUGCUGGUUUGAAAACUCGUCACUCCUUAAUUGAAAUGGCUGCAAUUACUGGAUCUGUCUCUAUUACCAAGAAUGACUUUGUUGGAAAUCAAAUUGUUGCUGGUUCAAGUGCCAUACUCUCUCUGCAUCAACUCCAAUCAUUGGCUUAUAUUACCCACAAUAAUUUCCAUGAUAAUAAUAUUAAUACUUGUACUGUCAAAAUGUCAAAUGUACCAGAUGCUUUGGGAGUAUUGACCUUCUCACAAAAUACAUUUACCAAUUACUUUGGAAGCAAAUCUGAGAUUGCAACAGAGUUUUGCUAUGAAGGACCUUUAGGCAAAAAGAUAAAUAUUGCCUACAAUUAUUGGGGAACUGACCCAACCAGUAUGGAUGCAACUCAAAUGUACGAUAUGAUCAUUUCAAAGUUGAAGCCACUCGAUGCUCUUGAAUUCACUCCAUAUUAUUUGACUUCCAAUGUGGAUGACCAAAGUUCAACCAAUCUUGGUGGUCUCCACAAGCCAAUCAAACCAAACUCUAGUAUUAUUGCAACAGUUAUUGGAGGAUUAUUCGGAGGAAUUACACUAGUUCUUUUCAUCUCUAUGAUUAUUGCUGUCACUGUAAUUCUCAUCCGAAGAAGAAGGAAAGGAUAUGAAAGUUUGAUAUAA